AUGGCACUUCGUUUGCGUAGAUCCAUCCGCGAUCUUGAGGAUGACUACGACAGAGGCAACAAGAAGCCCUUGGAGGAUCUCAUACGCGCAUGGCGGGGCAUCCAAGCCCAGCCUGCCGACGACCCCAACUCGGCUUUCCCCCCUAAGUCCUUCUUCACCAUCGCUGGUUACCAUAGAGAACCCUUUCGGGGCGCCGGCUGGGGUAACUCCCAGUGGUGGGGCGGCUACUGCAAUCACGGCAACGUUCUCUUCCCGACAUGGCACCGUGCCUAUCUCUUGACGCUCGAGAACGCGCUGCGAAGCGUCCCAGGGUGCGAGAACGUUACGCUUCCUUACUGGGAUGAAGUUGAUCAGCGCACCAAAGAAACGGGGCUGCCCCGGACCUUCCUGCAGAAGACGUUCGUACUAGAUGGGAACCCGGUAUCGAAUCCGCUCUAUUCCUACACCUUCCAGUAUGAUAUUUUCGACAACCUCGCUCCUAUCCCGGACUUUGACUACAGCAAGCCCGAGGGCUACACGACCGUCCGGUACCCCUACUCCGGUUUGGUAGGUACGCCGGACGACAAAGCGAAGACCGAGGUGCACAAUAAAACCUACAAGGACAUGCCUGAGGCAAAGGUGAACCAGAUCUUGAACGAGAACGUACAGAACUGGCUCGGCUUUGGCAUCAAGCUUAACACCGGUGAAUACCUCUACACCGGCACGCGAGAGAAAUAUUACGCUUGCCUCAAUGCGCCGAACUAUACUGUGUUCUCGAAUACAACCUCGGCCACGCAAUGGAACGAAGACCACUUCGGCGUCAAGAAGUGGCAAGAGGCAGGCUCCCCGACCCCGGCCACCCAAGCGGUAGUGCCCCUCGAGAGCCCGCACAACGACAUGCAUCUUGCGAUCGGCGGCUUUGACUUGCCUGUCUCACCCACCAGGCCUGGCCAGCCCGAACAAAGCUUCGACGCCAUCGCGGAUGCGAACGGCGAUGUGGGUGAGAACGACACGGCGAGCUUCGAUCCCAUCUUCUACUUCCACCACUGUUUUAUCGACCGCAUGUUCUGGCUCUGGCAGAAUAGGACUCAGAAAACGGAGAGCCUGGACAUCAUCCAUGGCUAUCCUGGCACCAACACCGUGGAUAAUCAGGGACCGACGCCUGGAGUCCCGGCGAAUACCUGGCUGACGAUGGACUCGCCGCUUAAUCCGUUCUUCAAAGACGACCGGCCUGUGACUUCGAAUGACGUGAUAAACAUCGAGACGCAACUCAACUACACCUAUCCGCGCCUCUCAGAGAGCGAUCCCCUGCAUCCAAGUGAGCCUCUACUCGGCAGCCCGCCAGCCAGCUCUCCACCCACACUCCGCGUCUCCGGCAUCAACCGCGGCGCCAUCUCCGGCUCCUUUGUGCUCUCUAUCUACGCCACGCUGGAGGGCCAAACGCGGCUCAUGGGCGUCGAGUCGGUGCUCAGCCGCUGGCAUACCUCGGGAUGCGCCAACUGCCAGACCCACCUUAAUGUCAAGACGUUUGUGCCGCUGCAUGGCCUGACGCUGGAAGAGGCGGAGAAGGCGGAUUUCGACGUGGGGAGGCUUACGAGGGGUCUUGUGCAGCUGCCGGAGAGGCCGCCGGUGACGCACCUGGGGCAGAUGGUUAGGAGGAUGAGUUGA